AUGGUGAAAAUGAAGAAAGAAAUUAUUUUCCUUCUUAUCAUUGCUUUUUCAUCCUUCACAAAGGCGACAACUCCAGAAAUUACGGCGGUAACAACAGCCUUUUUCACAUUAACUCAGACAAUAACAGCAAGAAGAGUUUCUUCAACAACAAUGACAGCAUUGUCAGCCGAAAAUAAGAAAAAUUCCCCUUCUCAACUGCUUGUCCAACAAAUAGAAAAAGGACAGUCUCUUCUCCAAGAACUCCUGGAACAACAGCCUCACCAACAACUUCAACAUCUACUCGAACAACUACAAAAAAACCACUCGCACUUUCAGAAGCUUCUUCAACGGCAACAGGAACUUCGUCAGCAACUUGAACAGAGUCCUAGCUGUGAAAAUAAACUACAACUUCUUCAUAAACUGCAUAGUACCCUUCAGCAACUUCAAAAACAACAACAAUUUCUGAAUCAACUUCAAGAAAAACAAGAAGUUAUUCUUCAGAAACUUCUUCAACGACAACAAACUGUCCAAUCUUUACUGAAACAACUACCUGAUCAGCAAAAAUUACUCGAAGAACAACAACCUAUUCUUCAACAAUUUUUGCAGCAGCAACUGCUUUCUCCAAAACAAACACUGCAGCCAUCGACUUUGCAUCAAGAAGCACUUGAACUUCAAAAACAAAUGCAACAAAAUCACGAGCAAUCUCGACAUCAAGAUCAAAAUAAUCUUAAAAAUCAAAUUCAGAAGCAAGAACAGCAUCUUCAACUGCUUCAGCAACACGGUGAUUUAUCUGCAAAACUUUGGCAACAGGGACAAGUACUCUUUCAACAGCUUCAACAUAAAGUGCUACUGAUUCAGCUACUAAAACAGCCUCAUUAUUAUCAGCAAUUACUUCAAGAACAACAAUCUCUUCUUCAACAAUUUCUACAGCUACAACAACAACUUCUUCAACAAUACCAACAGCAACAACCACUUAUUCAGCAGUUCAUCCAACAACAACAACAACUUGUGGAUCUUAUGGAGCAACAACAACAACUUGUUGUACAAAUACUUCUAGAACCACCGAAAAUGCAUAAUCUCCUUCAGCAACUUGAGCAACCACAAGCUCAAUACCAACAACUUAUGCAACAACAACAAGAACUUCUCCAACAACUACAGCAGAAACAAUCUUCACUUCAACAACUUCUCCAAAAACAAAAGCCUGUCGUUGAAGGACUUCUGAAAAGCAAACAACAAUUGGAUUCUCUUCUCAAAAUUUUAAAACAACACCAGAAAUAA